AUGGCUACUCAAAGUAAAGAUUCAAAGUCAAUAGUUAACGAAACAUGGAAAAAUGUAAAACCAUACAAGGAUAUUUUUGAUAUUAUUGAUGACACGAAUGAUGGACUUCAAUAUACAACAGAUGAAUUAAAUCGUUACUUCCAAUCAGGUCAUUUAAAGUCAACGAUAAACGAAGAAGAAAUCAUCGAAGAUGAUAUUCUCAAUGAGUCUGAUCAUAUUGAAAUUAUUCAAGAAGAAGAAGAAGAAACCAUUUUAUCACAAAAAUUAAGUCAAUUAUCAAUAAAAAAUGAAAAUGAAACUAAUUCAGCUUCGACUAUUGAUAGAAAACGACCAUUAAGUACCAUAGCUAGUUCAAAUGCAAGUUCCAAGAAAAUGAAAAUGACUGAUACUGAUGAUGAUAUUGAUAAUAACGAUGCAAAACAAGAUCAAAUACCAACCUAUUUAUUAAUGAACAAUAAAUCAUUUGUUCAUAUGGCACAAAAUAUAAUAAAAACAAUUCAUUCCAUUAAUAUGAAUGACAUACAACAAACGGCUGUAUCAAUGCAUCAUAUUGCUGCUUUUCAUGUAGAGAAACAAGUCACGGAAAUAUGUUUAAAAACAGUCACUGGUACAUUACAAGAAUCAGAAAAUGAUUUAAUUGAAGUUGAUCGACGAGUUUGGCCUAUGCAAGUGAAACCAUUCUUGUUAACACGAGGUAAAUUGACGAUGGUACCGAUUCCUAUUGCUACAACAACCAUGGAAACACAUACAGAAGAUGAACAACUCAUUUGCAAACAAAUUCUCCAGCAACGCUUACAAGAUAUGAAUCAAAAGAUUGAACAUUAUCAACAACAAUUAAAUGAAAAGAAGAAUUCUUUAAUUGGAUUUACAUCCACAAUGGAAGAAGCCAUACAAAUUUAUGUUCAAGACUAUGGAGUUAGACUACUUGAAAUGAAACGUGAUUUAAACAUUGCAAUAGUGACAUAUAAUUAUGAAUCCGAAAUACUCGAACGUAAAUAUUCACAAGAUGCACCAAGUCAAUAUCAAAUUGAAGUUGCUAAACGUCUAAUUGAUACAAAACGUAAAGUAGAAAAAUUCAAACGAGCGUUAUUAGAAUUAAAACAAGAGGUCUUCUAUAAUAAAUCAUCUAUUUCUUUCGAUUCUAUUCUAGUAUCAAUGCCAACUUGGCAUAAUAAUACAACAAUCAAAGAUAAUGUUCCACAGCAAUUACUUAAUAAAUAUAAAAAACUAAUUCAAUAUAAGAAACUUGAUCUACUAGCUAUACAUAUAUCACAAGCUGAAACAACCUACUAUCAAUUUCAAAACAUAUUCGAUUAUGAAUUGUCUAAAAUGUGGCAAAAUCAUCGUAAUCUUGUUAAAAAUCAAGGAAUGACUACAUCAUUAAUCAAAUUAAUUGAACAACGUCUAAAUAAUAUUACCAAUCGAUGGAAAGAUGUUUACAAUUAUAGAAUCGAUUAUUUUCUUCGAAAUUCUUAUGAUGAAUUGCGACAUGUGAAUACCAAUGAAAAAGAACAAACUAUGAAAAUAGUUUGUUUUUCAGCUUCUCUAAUUAUUGACACUACAUAUCGAUUCACAAAUGAACAACUACAAUUAUUAGGUCGUGGACCAACUUAUGUGCCACCAUGUCAAAUGUAUAUCUCGUCUUCAAAUGAAUCCAUCGAUGACAUCGUAAAGAAACAAUAUGCACCAUUAAAACAUCAAUUAAUGAGUCUAUUUUCAAAAUAUAAGAUUAAUUUAUCAUUGAAAAUUGAAAUUGAAGAGAAAACUUACAAUAAAUUUAAAGAUUUAUUUUUGAAACCAAUACCAUCAAAUCUUUAUCAACGUGCUCUCUAUGAGAAGAAAUUAAUUCAAUCGAUUGGAUAUUCUUUAAACAAAAACAAUCUUAUUCUACGAAGAACUGCUGAUAAUAUGAAUACAUUCUAUGUGGGCAACAUUCAAGAUUUUGAAGCUAAAGCUGAUAAAUAUUUAACAAGAUCAGAUGAAUACAAAGUUCUUAUCGAUAUGGAUGAAGAAAGUAAUGAACAACCAUUGCAUACUGCAUUAAAAGAUAUGAUUGAAUCAAUGAAUUCUCUAUUGGAACAAUUUGCAACAUGGAAGAUUGGCAAAUAUUUAAAUCAAUUAUUACGACCUUUUGCCGAUGAGAAAUUACAUUCAACGACAUUUUAUGAUGAAGCUGAUUUUAUUCGAAAAUUCAAUCAUUAUGCCAAUAUAGAGCAUCGUCUUCGUCCAUCAACUCUCUUUUGUACAAUUAAAAUAUCAAAUUAUUAUACAAUGGAUAUUCAUAAAAAUAUGAUCGAUGUUGUUGGCUACUUCUUAACAGAUCAUUUAGCAGGCAACAAACUUGGACCGAUAACAAUUCUAACUAUUCGAAAUUUAUUACAUUUAUUUCUUCAUAAUAAUGUCUUUUAUUAUAAGAAUAAAAUAUAUACAUUUACGAAAGGUAGUCCAAAUACGAUGGCAUUAACAGAAACAUUAGCAAAUAUUUACUUAUUUAUAUGGCAAAAGAAAAUAUUGAAAGAAAUAGACCGGAACAUAGAAUUCUUUGGAAGAUAUAAAGAUCAAAUCUUUUUUACAUGGAAUAAAUCUAGUGCUCUAGCACUUGAAAAAUUUCUACAAGAUAUUCGAGAAAAUCAUUUGAAUGUCCGUUUCCAAAUGUUAAUUGGAACAAGUGUACAAUUUUUAAAUGCCUACAUUGAAAAUCAACAGGGACAAUUAUAUACUCGAGUUUAUCAUGAUCCUACAAUUCAGCGUUAUACGUUACCAUAUGUAGUUGGUCAUUCAAGAUUAGCUUAUAGUGAUUGGCUUCUAUCAGCUUUAAUUCGAGCUGUUUGUUAUUGUUCAACAGUCGAUGAAUUUCAACAAGAACGAAUUUAUCUUGAAUUAACUUGUCUUAUUAAUGGUUAUUCAUUACUAUUUGUUGAAACGCAUGUAAAACAUUUUUUCAAUUAUUUUCAUGCUCAAACUAUGAGAUAUUCACGACAUCAAAGCACAUAUGAUAAGUUUCGUCGUCAAUGGUUCAAUUUCACUGCACAACAACAGGAACUUUCAGAACAAUUACAAAAAUUUGACGAUAAUGAUCGUUUAGUGCAGUUCAGUUAUAUUUAUGACUUUGGUCCAAAAUGUCGAUUCAAUCGAGACUUUCGUCGUCUUUGGUCUGAAUAUUUUAAAAAACAUCCGAUUUUGUCAGAAGAAGGAUCUAAGAUGAUUCUAACAAGUAAACAUUUUCAUUCAUUAAACAAUUUAUUAGCUGUACAAAAACGAUCUUAUACAAUUCAACAAUGA